AAGAGGAAGAAAGACCCAAGCCUUCAUCUCUGCAGGUUUCUGUUUCAGAACGGUCGGCUGGAGAACAUAUUCAGUGAUCUCAUCUACGACAGGUUUUCCAUUGAGUUGACCAAGAUCCUUAAACCUUCAGUCACAGGCGGAGGUUGUGUGCUGUCCUGUGUGGAGGAGCAGUUUCUGUGGGACUGUAAACAGCUGGGGGCGUACUCCCCCACUGUCCUGCUCAACACGCUGCUCUUCUUCUUCUGCAAGUACUUUGGCUUCACCACAGUUGAGCAGCACCGCCGGCUGUCCUUUGCAAACAUCACACUCUGCACCAAAACCAGCAAGAGCAACACCAAGACCACCUUCCUACGCUUCCACCCACCUACUUGUACAAACCAGGAAGAGUCGGACACGUAUGACGUCCCAGCUAAGAAGGUUAAGAAAAACGAGUCUGAGGAGGAUUUCCUGGAGAUGAUGGAGAACCAGGAGAACCCCCUUCGUUGUCCAGUCAGACUCUACGAGUUCUACCUCUCCAAGUGUCCAGCAUCGCUGAGGCAGCGCAGCGAUCUUUUCUACCUCCAGCCAGAUCGGAGCUGCCUUCCCAGCAGCCCUCUGUGGUUCUCGCCUGCCCCUCUCAAUGACAGCAGCAUGGAAGCCACGAUCAUCCGAAUCCUUGCUGUCCGAGGGCUGCAGGAGGGGGCGAGAGAGGGUACAUGUAUGGCCCCGUAACCACUGGAUGACCCAUCAUUUACACCUGAUCAGGAGGACUCAGUGUUUGACGGACUUUUUUAAUAAGUGCAUCAAGAUUGAUUUAAGAAUAUAUACACAGUAAAAACAUCAGCAUGAUUCAGUGAAAGAUGGCUGUUUAAAAACACACUGUUUAUGAACAAGUGGCAGAAAGACACCAGAUUUUUCCAUCAGCAGCUGGUGGAAGCUAAAAAUAGAGCUAAAUGAGACUUUAGAGAUUACAAUUGAAUUUAAAACUGUUUCUUAAACUGUAAAAAAGAGUUUCAUCAUGCCAGCUCCAUAUGUCAAUACUAUAUCACCAGUUUGCCUUGAAUUUUGGCUGACCAGUCAGUCAGCAGGCGUGUGAAAGAAGAAACCUCCCAGCAAUAUAAAAUCUAAA